GUGGCCGCGGACUCUCACCGGAACAGAGAUAGAGGGGCUACCUACCACUACCAUACCCACACACCUUGGUGCCCCACUCACCGCUGUGCUGUGCUCCCUACACAUAGCGCCCCCUGCUGUGCUGCCUCCUCUGCCGCUUGUUUCAGAGGUUUCGCUCGCUCGGCCGCUCCAAGGUUCCAGGCGAAGAGGCGAUGAUGGGGCGCGGGAUGGCUGACGACGGCGUCUCGCGGCGGGCCACCUUCGGCGAGCGCAGCGGCGCGCUGCUGACGGAGGCGCAGGAGCUCGCCGCGCUCUGGGAGGCGGACGUCGGCGUCCUUGUCUUCGACGGCGCCGGCAGGCAGAUGGACUACUGCAGCCCCCACACCAGGUCCGCCUCCGCCCGUUCCUUCCUUCGUCGAUCUUCUUCUCCCAAUCUCGAUUCAUUCCGGUUGCGCACUGAUUUCGGAUAUCCUGUCACGUACUCACGUGCAUUUUCAAUCUGAUCCUGCAAUGCCCUGUUUACUUCUCGAUUAGUACUCGUUCCUGUGUAAAUGUGUGUGGUGACUCGUUCCAGACAAGCGAAAUUCUGCACUAUGUUUUGAUGAACUUUACCCAUUACUGAAUCUGCAUUCCUUGCAAGUGGCAACCGAUCUUGCCGUGCCCAAUUGAUUUGUGUAGUAGCCAGGGCCGGCCCUGGGGAGGGGCAGGGGGGGCGACCGCCCCGGGCCCCCGAAGUCUAGGGCCCCCCUCCCGGCUCUAGGUACGUAUGUGUGUAGGUAAAUCCAUCCCACAAGAGAAACUGCUUCCUUCUUCUGUUUGUUUGCGAUCCAAGAGGGGGCCCUCAACGAGAUGUGGAGCUUGGCCCAGCGCAUGGCCGACGGCCUGACCAUCGGUCACAUACAACGCUCAACCCAUGUAUCGUUUUUUCUAGCCAAACGAUCACAUCAAUCUCCAGUCCCCCAAUCGCCGGAGGGCCAUCGCUGCCGAUGCCGCCGCCGCCGCGGCCACGAUGGAGGAUAAAUGUGUAGGUUCAUCUUCACACCCUGGUAGGUAGGGAGGCUCAUCUUCACACCCUGGUAGGUAGGGAUCGCGUUCCUCUUUUUUCGAUUGAAUCUCGUCAAUUCGUACUGAUUUUGAGAUUUCUGCCCUUUCUUGCUCUUCACUGCAAAACUUGUAGUCCCCAUGAGCAGGAUUUUCGCUUCGAUUCAAAAACUACGACUGUCUCCAAGGCAUUCAGAUGGUCCCUCCCAUAUAGAAGAUUUCAAUUUGGAUUUUUGGAUCAGGAAUUCAGGAUCAAAGUGGACACAAAAUGAUGCUUUUGUAUCUUUUGUAUCUGCAUAUGGGCUUUGAAGAUGGUUUUUGUGCUUUAUAAGAUACCAAAGAAGUCUUAUGAAAACAACAUGUAUAAGGAGGCAGUGGAUGUUUGGAUAAUGGCCCAGCUGGAGCGAGCUGAUGCAGCGCUACCAGAUCAUCACCAAAGGCAAGUUUGAGGGGAUAAAUCAUGAUGAUGACCGCCAUCAGCUGUUGGCGGAAAUCACAAGGUUGAGGCGUGAGCGUGACCGCCUGGAGGCAAGCAUCAGGAGGCAGACCGGAGACGACCUGCCAUCCGCCGCAACCGCGGGGCUCGGCGAUCUGGAGCAGCAGGUAGAGCGUGCACUGGGUAAAGUCCGUGAGACGAAGGACAAACUGCUGGAGCAGCAGUUGGACGAGAUACACCACAGGGUGCACAUCCUGGAGGACCAGAACAGCUUCCUUCGCCACAUGAUGAGUGAGGAGGGGCGGCAACGUGCUGCUGCGGAGGCGUCGGCGGUGGUGGCGGAGCUCAUUGUGCCGAUGCAGCCGGCGACGCUGUUCGGGGGCUUCUUCCCGGCGGUGGAGGAGGAGGGGGCAUCCACGUCGCUCCGGCUGUGGCCGCACCAGUUUCCUGGCUGUGGCAAUUAAGAACGAGGAGGAGAGAUGAUGGACUCACGCAAGACAGACGGAGGCUAAUUGGUUAACUAAUCUAGCUUAAACUUACUAUUAGCACCAAGUCAGUAGUUAGUGCCAAGGUUCCGGCGUAUCUUCGGAGGCCAUCCGGCGUAUCUUGUCAACACUAUAUACAUACAUAAGUCUCGUUUUGCUACACAUAAUUUCCCCUCUGGAUAGGGACUCCCCCCAUAUAGCAGUGUUUUCUUUAACAUCAGGGUUUAUCAUUAUUUCUGACGUGAAUGGAUUGA